CAAAGUACACUUUCAGAGAAACAGUCAGAAAACGGAAGUGCGCUUUAACGAAACAUUCAUAAAUAAGUUAUCUAUUUUGAACUUGUUUCUUCAAUAAUAUAGAAUAAGGUAUACGAUUGCCGAUAAUAAUGCUUUAUAAUAUUUUCAAAGGCGAAAACUCAUUAAAACGAAUAGUCAUCGAUUACUGCCUAAGUUCAAAAAAUGCGCGAUAGCGUCGCUGUUAAGGGUGGGAUCGAACUCUACACGAAAUAAUUCUAUACGAUUACCUCGUGUAGAAUUAAUCUAUGUAGUUUUGGGUCCCACUCGUUAAAGUAAUUAUAUCGGCCGACCAGCAAUGCUACUGAAUCGAAAUUCUGUGGAUAGUCACUUAACCACUGGCAAUACUGAUAUGUAACUAUUAUCUGGACGAUGGCCUGGUUAAUGUAUAUUACUUUAUUUCGAUUGGUCGAAUUAAAUCAGCAGUAGUUAUAUUCCAAAUUCGUUAUGGAUUUUCCCGAACUACUAAAUCCAUUGAUUAAUUAUCGAUACGAUUCUCAGUAUCAGAUUGCCUGUGUUUAUACAAGCCGACCUGGCAACAAUAAAUGACUAUCCAGAGCACCGUUUCAAUUGUGUACGUGGAAACCAUAUUGCUAGACUCAGUCGGUAAGUGUGGAUGAUACCUUUAUGACUUCUGUAAACUUCCUCUUACAAUUUAGUUUAAAAACAUUUUUCAGCUGCUGUACUAUACCUUCAUGAAAACCGUAAUAAAGAAUAGACAGUAUUUUAAUUUCAUGUUAGGUGACUAAAAUGUUCUUAUGUAGCGACAACUUUGAAAGUGACAGUUUUCUAUAAUUGACACCAGGGAGAAAUUAUCACGAGGUGUCAAUUGAGUGUAAAGUUAAUUGUCGUCUUAACCUGAUAAUUUAUUUCUUCAUGUUCGUUUCUCCCUGUUAUCAUCGCUGUACUGAAUUGGUAGAGAGAUACCUUUGUUUACACAUAUGUAUCGGCUUAUCAGUAGACUAAUGAGUGAAAACAAAAAAAACUUUCUAGCUGUGACCAUCACAUAGGACCAGCAACAGAAAUUAAUAACAGUGUCGAUACAGGGAGAUUAUUAUUACAGUGUGAUUUAUCGGAGUGGAGAAGUUUUGAAUUCCCUGGCGAAAGGACAUAACGGCUAUGAUACAUAACACAUAUAUUACGAUUAAUUGAAACGCUUUCAUUGUUGCUGUAACAAGAAACACGGUUUCCGACUAUAAAACACCAUGGGAAUUGGACAGAUGAAUUCAGUGCUUUACAUCAAUCCCCACGCUUCACAUCCAUCAAGCAUAUUCAAAUAAUUUAGUUAAACUGCAUCGCGUGAAAAUCAUUUGCGGCACAAUGAAAAUACUUCUAAUCACGAAAGUAAUCCUACUGUCCUAUCUUUCAUGCGCCAUGGCCGAUAGACUAAAUCAUACUCGGCUACUAGAAAAAAGCCUGCCUCGACAAUCACGUGUCUCGCGACUCCUGCAGGAGCUGCCAUCGUCGAAUUUUUUCAGCGACAUUGUUUAUCUUCCAGAAGAAGACUACGACGAGGAGUUUGAGAGACGUGAGCAGGAAUUACAGCAGCUGGAAAGAAACGAUAGGAACUUGAUGCCGGAAUAUCGUAAUCUAUGUGAGAUAAAGACAAGGAAAGUACAACUUAACGAUGGGGACUUUGAAUAUCAACCUCCACAUUAUCAUGAAGUAUUUUGCAAGGUGCAUUCCUUCUUGGAAGAUCAGCCUACCGUUAAACCCGCGAAGCAGAAAUGUGCUCACCCGGGAUUUCAUUGCGUUCAGAGGAGUCGGACUUUAUUCAUGCUCAGACGUGCUUGGGAUAGCGAGUGCUGGGAACCGUUUACUAAGGAAAUUGCUAGUGGAUGCGAUUGUAUGUGGCCUGUUUCCACUCUGGGUGAUAUCACAGCUCACUACUGAUUUCUAUUAAGGGUGGACAUAAAUGCAUAAUGUAAGGGAUCGUUCUUACAGUGCAAUUUCUUUGAAAAAAGUGCAGCUCAACUGUAGGGAUUUGUGAAUCAUUUAGAACAAUUGCAUUCGUAAUAAAUGAAUUUAUUGUAUCAACUUCGUAAACUGUGACUAGCACUAUAAAAUAACAUUUUGUAUUAAUUUACAAGAUUGUUCUUGCCAUCAAUGUACUGUGUCUGGAUUUGUGUGAAAUAAGAAAUUAUAUGCAAGAAUUUAUUAUAAUCUAGCAUCAAGAAAACGUCCGUGUCUUAUCAGUGAAAACAAUUACAUAGUAAUUAGUUCUCGAAAUCACUAAUAGAAUUUAUCUGAGUUAUAGUCUGAUUAAGCAUAUAUAUUUCUUUAUAUUUAUUUAUUUAUGAACAACUAUCAUACUUCUGACAGGAAAUCAACGGAAUAAAAGUGUUAUUUUUCGAAUGUU